AUGUGUGGUUUUUUUGAUAGCUUUGGUGUUGAACAUAACAUCACUCAUAUUUAUCCCCUGCGAUGCGAAUUGUACCAAGUGAACCUCGCCAAAAAACGUGCAUUUUACCCCCCAGAACGCGAUUUUGAGCAGCAAUUGGGCGGGUUUUGUCGUGGAGACCUGGCAACCCUGCAGUGGAGAGUUAUUUGUGUUAUCGGAGUGUGUGCGCUGCGGGUGUGUGUGAGAGAGAGCGUCGCGAGCGUUGAACGCCACAGACAGCGGACUCGGCGAACAUGGCAUCCGGCGAGACGCUGUACAUCGAGGCGGACGGCUCGGAGAUGCCCGCGGAGCUCGUGGAGCUGCACGAGAUCGAGGUGGAGACCAUCGAGACCACGGUGAUCGACGGCGACGACGACGACGACGACGAGCAGCAGCCCAUGAUCGCGCUGCAGCCGCUGGUCACAGACGAUCCGAGCCAGCUCCACCAGCACCAGGAGGUGAUCCUGGUCCAGACCCGCGAGGAGGUGGUCGGCGGCGACGAGUCGGAGCUCCACGGGGAAGACGACUUCGAGGAGCGGAUCCUCAUCCCGGUGCCCGCCGAGGAGCACUACAUCGGGCAGACGCUGCUGACAGUCGCGGGCAGGAGCUCCGCGGGGCGGCUGGGGAAGAGAGCGGCGUCGGGGGGCAAGAAAGCGGGCAAGAAGAGCUACCUGAGCGCGGCAGAGGCCUGCGGGAGGAAAUGGGAGCAGAAGCAGGUGCAGAUCAAGACUCUGGAGGGCGAGUUCUCCGUCACGAUGUGGGCUUCGGAUGACAAGAAGGACAUCGAUCAUGAGACGGUGGUGGAGGAGCAGAUCAUCGGGGAGAACCCUACUCCGGAUUUUUCCGAGUACAUGACGGGAAAGAAGCUCCCACCCGGCGGAAUCCCGGGAAUCGACCUGUCAGACCCGAAGCAGCUGGCGGAGUUCGCCAGCCCCUUCAGUCACAGCGGAGCUGGUUUUGCUCGCAGUCCCGUUCGAAUGAAGCCGAGGAAGAUCAAGGAGGAUGACGCGCCUCGGACGAUAGCCUGCCCGCACAAAGGCUGCAGUAAAAUGUUCAGGGAUAAUUCAGCCAUGAGGAAGCACCUGCACACUCACGGCCCGCGGGUCCACGUGUGCGCCGAGUGCGGGAAAGCCUUCGUGGAGAGCUCCAAACUCAAGCGCCAUCAGCUGGUUCACACCGGAGAGAAACCCUUCCAGUGCACGUUCGAGGGCUGCGGGAAGCGCUUCUCUCUGGACUUUAACCUUCGGACGCACGUCCGGAUUCACACCGGGGACCGGCCCUACGUUUGCCCCUUCGACGGCUGCAAUAAAAAGUUCGCUCAGUCCACCAACCUCAAAUCACACAUUCUGACACACGCCAAAGCCAAAACCAACCAAUGAACUGCGGCGUGUGCUCGAGCAUCUUACACGGACUCCAAGGAGGCUUCAUCCACGGAUGAUGCUUUUUACACAAAGACAACAAACCAGAACGUCAGGACUGUCGCUUCAUUCUUUUCCACUUUUACUUCGGUCUCUCCGGUCUUCAUAGAUAUAUAGCUUUUAAUUUUCUAUUUCUCCAAGUGUGCAUAUUGUACACUUAUUUUGGGGGUAAGCUUGGUAACGCGACCUGUGAUCAUGAGUAAUGGCUGAGCGUUUCACGGUCGGGUGAUGAUGUUAGUUCCUGUGCGCUUGUUUGGUUCUCCUCUGUUGUUUUGUACGGUUGUGACGGAACAUUAAUAAUCUGCUGGACGCUGCGGAGCGGCUCUGCUGUAGUCCUCUCUCGUAUCACACUUUUCAACCGCAGUGUUAACUGUCCUUUUUUCUUUGUUAGAAUGUAUCGUAAAGGUCUAAACCAUGAACUAUCCUUUGUUAAUAUUUACACCUCGCCUGUAUUUCAGCAAACUACAAUUAAAGAGGGAAAAAUCUGACUUACUUUGCC